AUGGGUGACGUCGUUACUAUCAGAACGAGAAAGGUUCUUACCAACAAGCUUCUCUACAGAAAGCAAAUGGUGAGUUCUGUGAAAAAGUUAGUGUUGAGAAUGUACAUAGUUUUUUGCUUCAAAUCUCAAUAAACAUGUUUUGCAGGUUGUUGAGGUGAUCCACCCAGGACGCCCGACCGUGCCAAAGACCGACAUCCGCGAGAAGAUCGCCAAGUUGUACAAGACCACUCCGGACACCGUCAUCCCAUUCGGAUUCGAGUCCAAGAUCGGAGGAGGCAAGUCCAAGGGAUUCGCUCUCAUCUACGACACUGUUGACUUCGCCAAGAAGUUUGAGCCGAAGUACAGACUUGUCCGCGUAAGUUAUUCUUUCUUUUCUAAUCAAAACUUGUCAAAACUAUUUUCCUUCGACGAUAGGAACUCUAAAACAGUAACGAUAUUUUUUACUAAAAAUUGUUCUAUUUUAGAUGGGACUCGCCACCAAGGUUACCAAGCCAGGACGCAAGCAGCGUAAGGAGAGAAAGAACAGACAGAAGAAGGUCCGAGGAACCGCCAAGGCCAAGGUCUCCGCUGGAAAGAAGUAA